AGCGCAGGUACGUGCGAAUGGUCAGUGUCCACACUGUGCUUCCUCACCACCAACAAAGGCCGUCGCCGCCGCCAACGUUUCCUCCACAGAACAGCUUCCCGCUGCCUGCUCCCCCUUUUGGACUUUUAGAUAUUAAACAUCCAAACAACGACGAACGAACCCUAAUUGACGACUAAACCACCAAUUACCUUUACUUCUCACCUAAUUUAUCAAACCACACCCGCAACAAUGUCCAUUUCCAACGAAGCUCUCGAAAAGCUGGUCCGUGAGAUCGAAGCCCAGUCGAUCGCGGCUCAGCAACAAAUCGGUCUCGUACGCACCCAGCAGGCGUCCAAGCAGCGUGAGAUGCGUCUGGCCCAGCUCACACGGAAUGAGCUCGCCACGUUGCCGGAGAGCACUGCCGUGUAUGAGGGCGUCGGAAAGAUGUUCGUCUCAGUCCCUGUCCCGGCGUUGAAGGACAGACUGGGCACCGAGAUGAAGGAGAUGGAGACAGAGGUGGAGAACCUGGGCAAGAGGUUGCACUACCUCGAGACGACAGCGAAGAACAGCCAGGAGCAUAUCGAGAAGAUGCUCAAGGGUAGUGGGCAGGCUUAAAGCGAAGGGGAGCUGGGGGGUUGUCGUUCAAGGAUUUAAGCGCGAGAAGGAGGGGAGGUGGUGCUUGAAGCGCCGAUGAGCUUGGCGCCUGAAGUUUCAACAGGGGAACUUUGAGUCGUCGAUGUCCCCGGAAAUAGUAAAUCGUUCGGGAUACUACGUAGUUCUGUUUAGGUGCCAAUGGCACCGUGGUUAUCACGUUCAGCGGUCGAAACCAUAACAGCAUUUUCUUUCUCGAGCUUGGAGGUCCAGUAGUGUCGUUGCCAUAAGGUACACUGCGGAGUCCAUCCGGGGAUAGCUAGCUGGCGCUUAAAUUCAGCAGCGGAUGAUGGCGGCCCAAGUCCCGGCCGAGCUCGGCAGCACGGUGCCCAAGCUCCAAGCUCCAAUGGGUGGAGAAUGGGGUUGAGGUGUUGACGGUGUCACGAUGACAGAAACAAAUUUCAAUGUUGGGGGAUACAACAUACGGU